UCUGAGAGGCCUCGGUGCUUCCCUUCAGGUACCUCCCCCGGCCCAGGUUUCUGUCUGCAGGUACCCGUCUCUGGCCCAUGGAAAAGGGCAAGGGAGACUCAGGGCUCCAGGAGGGUUAGGUUCUUCCUCUGUGCGCCAUGCGGGUGUCCCGCCUGUCUCCGACAGGGCAGCCCUGGGCUUCUGGUCCUGCUGGGCUGGGUGUGCGCCAAGUCUUUCAUCAUCGGUUUUUGCAGCAAGCUGAGCUCCUGCAAGAAGCCAAGAGAUGGAGCCCCCUGGCAUGACCAUCAUUGAAGGUGUGGGGGAUGAAGUAACGGUGGUGACCGGCGUGGUGGUUCUUGUCCUGGCUCUGGUUCUGGCGUGGCUUUCCACUUAUGUAGCAGAUGGCAGCAACCAGCUUUUGGGAACUAUUGUCACCACGGGCGAAUCCUCUGUGAUCCAUCUCAGCCACGUCGAACGGUACGUGGGGAAUUCAGGAACGUCAGAGCCUACUGAGCCCCAGGGGUCCGCUGAUAGUGCAGAAGAAAAAGCCGAAGAGGAAGGGGCUGCUGCAUCCAACUUGGGCCCUGCAGUUGAGCAGGGGGGCAACGGCAGCACCUCUGAGUCCAGCCUCGACCAUCUGCUGAACAUACAAGGCUUGCCCAAAAGGACCUCGUCCAGCGAGUCCGGUGCCCUAGAACAGCCGGGUCAAGAGAGCCAAGGAACCUCGCACAUGUCACACGUCAGGGAGGAGAGUGAACCAGGCUCCGGGCUCAUCAAAGUGCGUCUCAAGUUCCUCAACGACACGGAAGAGGUGGCCAUGGUGAGACCGGAGGACACCGUGGGUGUUCUCAAGAGCAAAUAUUUCCCAGGACAAGAAAAUCAGAUGAAGUUUAUCUAUCAGGGCCAGCUACUCCAGGAUCAGGCACGGACCCUCCGCUCCCUCAAUAUCACGGACAACUGUGUGAUCCAUUGCCACUUGUCGCAGACCGCCAGCUCCCCCCUUCCUGACUCGGGGGUCACCCCAGCAGAAGCAGCAGGGGUCACGGUGAACAUAGGGAAUCUAAUGCUCCCUGUUUUCGUGGUGAUGCUGGCUGUGAUCUGGUACUGCCGCAUCAACUACCGCCAGUUCUUCACUGCGCCGGCCACGGUCUCCUUGGUUGGGGUGACUGUCUUCUUCAGUUUCCUGGUUUUUGGGAUGUACGGCCGAUAAGAGGCAAAGUUGGAGGGGCAGCUACUCCUGUCUGUCCCUUUAAUUGGAACCCAGCAUUUGUUGUAUAGCUUGUUUUAAAUGUGCUGUGACAAACGGUGUCAGGGAAAGUGGCUGGGAGCCCCCUGCUUGCUCAAAUACUAGAGAACCUUCUGUAUCCAGCAAUGUGGAAGAGAGACCCCUAGAUUCACUGUUUCCUCACCUUGCUGCUGCUUAAUGAGACUUUGUUCCUCCAUCGCAGGGGACAGCUUUGCCGGGUGCUGCUUGUGUGCGCUAACUGACCUGUUUCAUUUAUGGCAUGAGAUGAAGCGUCACUCCCAAGGCACUGCUGCAACUCCUCUCAGGUAGAGCUGAGGAGAGAGACCUUCUGCCCCUUGCCUCGAACAUCUUUUAAACAGCCUCAGCCUGUGUACGCUGAGCUUGUCCCAGCUGCGUGAAGGAGUCCUGCAAAAAGAGCCACUUUCUAGCCUGGCAGAAAGCAACUCUGGCUUCACAUGGUUUGUCCCCUCUGCUGUAGGUGGAUGGGCCCUGUUAGAACGCAGCUGCUGGAGGGGUGCAUGCUCAGGCUUGCUUUAGGAUAGGCCAGACUCCCAAGAACGGACUCCGUGGCGAUGAGACAGCAUGUCGCCCUGCUGCGAUCCUGCAUGGUACUUCCGUCACUUUGCCACUCCUGCAAGAGGCUAGGGGCUGCCUUCCUGGAUUACGCACUGAGCUGGCUCCCUCAGCGUGUGCGCGCGCCACCGAGGCACGGGGCUGCCUGGCACCUCCUCCCUGCUUGAGCAGCCUUGCUUUGUACUGAACGUGCUAAUUCUAAAGACCAAAUAUUCUCACUGGCACCUGGCGCAAAGGGGAGGGAAGGAUUUUUAAAGGAAUUCUUUUUAAAUAGGAGGUUGCAACCUCUGCUGAGUGCUCGUCCCUGGGGAGGGGGUAGACUUGUGCCUAGCCGACACUUUGAGACAAAUGUUUAACUUUCUUUAGAGCACUUUCCUCCCCGCCCUUGUUUUCUAUGGAUGCAUUUGUAAAGACAGGCCCUACGGUGGAUUUUGUUUAAAGUGAGAUAAUGAACAUGUUGGAAGU